UUCGGCGCGAAAGAAGAGGAAGUGUGACGUCACAGAUUGGUCCUUAUCUACCGUUAUAACUACUGAUAAGAGCUUUAUUUAAACUUUAUCCAAGAUUAAUAACAAUGGCGGAUUUUGUCCAUGUUUAUAUGAUUGUCAGUCUGUCUGUUUCUGCAACACACUGCAUGUCCAAACCUGAAGUAACAAGUGCUGCACCACGCAAGACAUACAUAUUGGAAUAUCAUACUGUAAAUAUAAGCUAUCCGGACGGUGUGCGAUGCUCGACACAGGAUGAAUGUCCAGACAGAAUGUGUUGUGUGCAUAACCCUUUAACCAAACCAGACAAAAUUAAACGGUUUCUGUUUGGACAGUAUUCUCACCAUGACUACGGGUUCUGUAGAAGAGCAAGAAAGUUUAAUGAAAGCUGUUGGCCUUUGGGUCAUGAUUCCGCAAACGCCGAACUAUAUGAAUAUUUCUGUCCUUGUGAGAGUGGUCUUGACUGCCGGGGAUUGGUCGUUCAUGAAACAGCAUCACAAAUUGUUCAUCGGUUUCCAACUUGUCAGUCCCCUGAAUCGAACUUGCUGGAUGGUCGACCGACUCCAAGUGGUAUAGCAUGUUCAUCUGACGGCGAUUGUGGUGCGGAAAUGUGCUGUGUUAGAUAUCCAGAUUCCAGAAAACGAGAUUUACACGGCUACUGUAGAAAUGAGAGAAAAAUCAAUGAAACUUGUGAUCGCCAAGAUAUGGCCACGAACGAUUUCAAAUGCCCAUGUCAAGCUGGUCUGGAGUGCCGUGGUACUGUUGUUCAGCACUUUAAUCAUCAAACUGUUCACCAAAACACCAUCUGUCAAAAGCCAGUAUCAAAAUAGAUAUGUGCAAGCCAAUUAGCAAUAAAUUUGCUGCUGA